GCUACUUUCUGUUCACCUGCUUUAGUUAAAUGUUGAUAUGGCGGACAAAAGAUCAGUACCACAACCAUUAAGUGACAGUCAGCACUACACUAAUGAACCAUCUAGAUACACUAAUUUAUCUCAGCCCGCCCCCUACGAAUACGAUAAUUUGAACUACAGUCACCACGAAUACAGUGAACCGAGUUUUAGUGGUCGGUACGAUUAUCCCUCCUUUCCUCCCCCUGGACCUAUUACAGGCCAGCCAGGAAAAGUUCAACCAAUGGAAUUCAAUAUCUCCAAAACGACGACCCCAAACCAGAGAUCUCAACCUACCGCUCGGCAGUGGAGCACUGGGAUUUGGGAUUGUUUCAAAAAUAGGACAACCUGCUGUAUUCUUGUUUGGUGUGCUCCAUGCUACCUUUGCAACCUCUCCGAUAAGUUGGGGGACAGUUGUUGCCUCCCACUUGCUAUUCCUUGUGGUUUCUACUCCCUGAUUCCUCUGAGAACGAAGAUCAGAACGGAGAACAACAUUGAUGGCAGUAUCUGCGAAGACUGUUGUAUGGCUUGCUGGUGUCCUUUUUGCACAAUGAGCCAAAUGUCACUCGAACAAGACUUUGUUAAGCAGAAUCUAAAUACUAAAUGAGAACAUUUUAUCAACGAACGUGCUGCGCUUGCUCCAAGCCAGUGUAUAUAUUCAAUCAUAUGGUCGACAAUACAUCUCCAUACGUGACAAUAACGAAGCAUUAUAGUGUGCUUCGAUGGCAAUCACUUUUCUGACUUAAACCCAAGUUUCUAUUUAAAUAUUGAUUUAAGUCUUUGCACCUAAAGAACUCAAAACUGGGGUUAAAUAUGUUUUUUGUGGUUAACGUACCUCACUACAUCAAGACCCAUUUUUAAAGACAUCCCGUCACAAGAUGACGUUUUAAAUGUUUUGUUUAACUGCUUAUCAAUCAGUGUCGUUGGAUAUCAUUUUAGCUUAGUGGUAAAAAUAAAAAUUUAAAAAAGAACACGAGUUAAAAACCAGCUCAGACUUUUGUCAUAUUUACUUAAUUAAAUGUUUGAAAAUCAAAUUUUGUUGUCAAAUAUUUUAUAUGCUUUCCGUGAUUUACAUAAGUCUUAUACAUUUUACUCCAUUGA